UACUCUAAUUCCAAAUGCUGUUACACAGAGCUAGAACGAUAUUACUCUAAUUCCAAACACUGUUACACAGAGCUAGAGCGGUAUUACUUUAAUUCCAAACACUGUUACACAGGGCUAGAACGAUGUUACUCUACUACCAAACACUGUUACACAGAGCUAGAGCCGUAUUACUCUAAUUCCAAACACUGUUACACAGGGCUAGAACGAUGUUACUCUACUACCAAACACUGUUACACAGAUCUAGAGCCGUAUUACUCUAAUUCCAAACACUGUUACACAUAA